AUGGCACAGGAGUACAACAAUGAAGGGCGUUUGCCUAUUCAUGAAGCAUCGUUUCGUAAUUAUGACGCUGUCGUCGAACGAAUUCUCGCGAAUCUUUGUUCAAAAGAUGGAAACGAAGAUAACGAUGAUGGCCGAUUAAGAGCAGAUGAUGGGAGUGAUGAACGGACUGAUCGUCUUCAUCAAGCUCGAAUACAAGAGAUGCUCGAUGCUACGACAUACGAUUAUUUUCGUUUAACACCAAUCUUAGCUGCAACAGUCGGUAAUGCCCGUCGUACAAUUGAAUGUUUAAUCAACCACGGGGCGAAAGUUACAUGUCGCGAUGGUGAAAAUCGUUCUAUGGCUGCCAUCGCAAUUUUAAAGCAGAACGUUGAGUUACUUCUCUAUUUUUCACAGGCGUCGUAUGCAAACGAACUCGAUAUAUGGAAUACAUUAAUGACGAUGUUUACGUCGAAAAACUCCGAUGAGUCAACGGCUGCAGGUCGCAUACUCGAACAAUUAACGUCACCUAAAUAUAUCAAAGUUGCUUGGGUACAUCUGAUGAAUCUACGUCCGAUCGAGAGAACAUUUCAAGUUCUCAUUCAAACUGUUAACAACACUCAUCAUCGAAACGAACAAUUGCUUACCAGCUGUUUAAUUAUACUCUACAAUCUUUUGAGCAUCGAUACGAAUAUUCGAAUUGUCUUUAAUCAAUCCGAUGAGAACGCACGCGCAUUGGUGAAAAUGCGUAAAACAAAUGAUAUCCUAACACUCUUGUUUUCUCAAAUUGUUUGCGAAUUCUGUGAUGAUACACGUGCCAUUCAAGCAUUUGUUCAUCACCACCUCAUUGGUGACAUACAAAUUCUUUUAGGCAAUGAUACGAUGAACAUUCCGAAAACUCAAGCCUGUCUGUAUUUUGAUAUUCUCGGUAAAAUUGCCCGAUGUAAGCAAGAUUUCCAAAUCUUAAUACAAAAAUCUUCGGCAACCAAACUAACUAUUCUUGAGCAAGCGAUUGAGCUGUUGGGAAGAUUCGAUCGCCGUUUGACAACAUCAAUUCUUCAUUUCAUUCGAGAAUUAUGUCUACAGAAUGAACAUCAUCAGCAAAUAUGUGCGGAUAAUCGACAGUUAAUUGCACAUUUGCUAACCGCACUCAAUUCACCUUAUAGAGACGUCCAACGUUCAAGUGUCGAUACACUUCAAAUGUUUGUCACGCAAAGCACGACAUCUCAACAGAUUAUUUUAGACCAAGGGGGUGCUGAACAACUGCUUAUCUUAUUAAGCAAAGCCACUUUACCAAAACUACGCAUCUCAAUUAUAUGCACACUAUGGUCAUUGACACUCAAUGAACUACCUCGACGACAAUCGAUGGCUUAUUCGAUCGGAGUGAUGGCUUUAGUUGAAUUUUUGAAUUUAAAAGUAAGCGAUCAAUUGUACGUUGUUCUUGAUGCGAUCAGUGAACUUCUUCGACGAAUUCCGACCGAAGCGGAAAACAUUCCGGUUAUUUUCGGUCGCCGACAUUGCAUUCCUCCCAUAGUUCGACUAUUAUCAGCUGAUUCAGAACAACGAAUACUCUUCAAAUGUUUAUUUUGUAUCCAACAGUUAUGUCUUUUACCGACUUUUCGUCCUUGUCGAGCGAACCAAACAAUAUUUCAAAAAGCAAACGGCAUCAAUCAACUUCUAACGUUAAUUCGUCGGUCAAAUAAGGAGAAAUUAUUGCAAGCUAAAGCAAUUACAACCAUUGCUUAUGCAGUGUUCGAUCACAAAGAGAAUAAGGACAUACUAACUAAAGAAACAGUUCGACAGCUGUUUAAACGUAUUGCAUCGCUACUCAAUGCAUCUGAAGAAAUUGUCCAGGUCGAAGCUGGAGCUGGAUUAGUUACAUUUAUAUGUAAUGAUGAACAUCAUUACAAUCUAUAUUCCGAAGAGUUAUCUCUUGAUCUCGAACAUUUUCGUCCGCUGUUAACAUCGGAAAAUAUCGUCAUUCGUUGCAAUGCAGCGUUUCAAAUGAUUAUUGUGAUUCGAUUGAUCAACGAGACAGUUGCAGCAGAAUGGAUCGGUCGAGCUUUACUGAUCUUAUUCCGAGUUAUUGGUGAUCCACGUGUUGAUGAUGAAGAUAAACUUCUUCCAACUGAUAUUAUAGGCCGAUUAGCACAUAUUCCUACAGGCUUCGGAAUACACAAGCAUUCAGGCGUUUGUGAAGCGAUCAUCGCUAGUGAUGGUCUCGAUCAUCUGAUUUCGUUAUUGAAUAGUUCGAAUGCACUUCUACACGGUAGUGCAGCUUUAACUAUCGAUUGUCUCAUUCGACAUUCGCCCGAAGGACAACGACGAUUAUUGAAACAAUGUCGUGUUCAAGCGCCUUGUUUGGAUGUUUUACGAACGUAUAUUUGUGGACCAUCAGUAUUGAGGACACGAAUUGAUGAGUUGUAUUCAUCGAUUCACAACAAACGAGUUCAAUUUCCUCCAAUUCGACCUGUUCGACAACGACGAAGUUUGCCAACAGUAUAA